AUGAAGAAAGACGAUGAUUCUGAACCAAACAAACCGAAACCUGAAGAUAUCCAAAGGGCAAAUAAAAUAUCACAAGUUGGAUCAAAUGCAUCUCAAGUCGUCAAGACGUCGCCUGUUGAAUCCGAGGACCUUGACGAUAUAUCAUCCCUCUGCACGUUGCACGAGGAAUUGUCUGAAUAUCUCCAGAAAGCUGAAAGUAAUGUGUACGGGAAUGCAUACGACCUGUAUCCUGGAGUCGAGACCAUAUAUUACGAUUUCACGGCUGAGAGACAGAAUCUUUACGCUACAAAUCUGGUGGAAUCAACAGCACAUUACGUAAAGGGCUGCCUUGGCGCAGGAUUGUUGGGAAUUCAUGAAGGCUAUAUGUACGGAGGGCUAUGGGCUUCCCUCGGCGCCACAGUUAUACUUGGAUUUCUUGUGCCCUAUUGUACAUAUAUGUUGAUCAGAUCAGCACAGAGCAUGUACGGUCGCCUGCGGGUGCCGAGGCUGUCAUACGCAGACCUCGCAGAGGCUGCAGUCGCCACUGGCCCAUUGAUAUUCUUCCGGCGACACAGUAAGGCGUGCAGGUACUUCGUAGAAUUGUUACUGUUUAUUGAGUUCAAUGGGACAUGCUGUAUAUUCGAGAUAAUGAUUGCGAACACUCUCAAACAGGUUUUGGAGAUCAUAUCACAGACGGCGAAAGAUUGGAAUUUGGAUAUAAGCAUUUACAUAAUAAUAAUAACAAUACCUCUAAUACUGCUCUGCUUGAUACGAAGUUUGAAGUACUUGGCACCUUUUUCUCUUAUUGCGGACCUGUUUAUAGGUACAUGCGUUAUCACGAGUUUGUACUACAGCCUAUCUGUGGCUGCGUCGCUAAGCAACGUUCCUGCGUGGAAGAGUGUACAUGGCUUCCUACGUUUCUGCGGUGUCUGCAUUUACAGCAUUGACGGCAUCGGUGUAUCAUUACCAAUUGAGAAUAAUAUGAGACGACCGCAGUACUUCAACGUUGUGUUACAAUGUGGGACGGCGAUUGUAGUACCUCUAGUAGCUAUGGUAGGAUUCUUCGGCUACUGGGCGUGGGGAGAACAGUGUCGGACUCCCAUCACCAUACAUAUGCCUCCAGAAAAUAUACCAAUUAUCAUGCAGUUUCUGCUCACCGCAUCACUCGGGGUCACAUUCGCUGUACAUUUCUGGGUACCCUUCAGAGUCAUAUGGCACUACAUUAGUAGGAAAUGUAGAAGGCGAAAGAAUAUUUUGGAACGUAUAUUCCGAGCUGCCCAUGUCAUGCUACUAUCAUGUCUUGCAAUCGCCUUCCCGAAUCUUAUCACGUGGAUGAGUUUCCUGGGAAAUUUCUUCAUGGGGUUGGUAGUGUUCAUUUUGCCAGCGUUCAUAGACAGUAUGGUGUCGUGGAAUCAACCGCUUGUGCACACGCGACUCAGAUUGCUUAAAAACUUAUUAAUUAUAUCCAUUGGAGUAACUUUAUGUGGUGGUGCAAUAUAUUCUUAUGAUUAA